AUGGGCGAGGGCAAAAGCGACCGUUCUGGCAAAAGGCAAAGGUCCUCCUCCAAAGGUGCCAACAAAUCGUCCUCGGACACUGAGCUAGCGCAGGGUAAGGGCAAAGGGCGGAGACUAAAAUCCAAGGAAAAAUGGCCCCUCCUGGAUGGACUGACCGUCGACGAGCUGGCUCGUUAUCGAAGAAGGCGUGUUCAGGGCCAACCGAAGGACAAUCUUGGACUUCUUACUGAUCUGGAGGACCAGGUUCACGUCACCGAGUACUGCGAAACUUUUGGCGCAAACAGCGAAGAUUCGCUCAAGGAAAAUAUCUGGCUGGAAGGAGAGAAACCAGUCGAAGAUAUUCAACCGAAGUAUUCGAUAGAAAAUGCACAGUAUUCGGAUCGGGAGGAGCUCAAGGAACAGGAAGCGAAACUUGUCGAUUCUCAAGCUGAAAAUAACGAUCCUACGACUCCUCUGGUACACGUCGACGAUGAGAAAACGAUGGAGACUGAAACUGCAAGCUCCAAGGUCGCUGCAAAUGUAAAUCCUUCUAAACGACCGUCUCUUAUUGGAAGGGUGACUUCAAAACGGGACGGAGACCUUUAUACGAACACGGAAACGUACUCGUCGUACGUGGCUUACGAGGGUCAGCACAGACCCGAGCUAGCUCGCAGGCCCACAUCUUUGAAAAUGGAAGGCGAUCUGAGCACGACGACCGAGAAAUGCGAGAAAUUCAUUCAAUGGCUGAACGUCAGUCGUCCCGAGCUGAUGCGCGUCCCGACGCAUUUAAAGAUGGAAGGUGAAUUCGAGACGCUGACGGAGAACCAUGAAAAGUACGUGCCGUUCGUGGGCGUGCGAAGACCGGGAUUGCUAAGGCAGAACACGAAUUUGAAGCUGGAAGGAGAAUCGAACUUUGUGCCGGAGUAUACCGACGUGUUCAGAAAGCACAAUUGCAGAGUACGCUCGCAACCAGUAAAACCCGAGUCUCAUCUGAAGACUGGACGAGACAUCUUCCAGAAUACAGAGAGCACUGUUAGCUUCGGUAAUCCUCGUUCCAAAGAGGCGCAAUUAAUGUCUGUGUUGAACAAUAACGUCGAAGAAGAACGGAGAAAGCGAAAGGAGACGAAAACGAAAGAGGAAGAAAUGAAAAUGUUGGUCUCGAAGUUGGAGGAUUUGAAGGGUCCGCCGCUUGAAAUCCCUGAAUACAAAGACGCGUACAAGGAUUUUCCAAGGGAGCGUCCGAAAAUUGUGAAACCGGAGGACGAAAUCGGACGAGCCGACGGCUCUAAGGUACCCUCGUCGCCUGCAACGAAAUUCUCAACGAAAAUCGAUCAAGACCCGGAAUACAAAUCGAAAUAUUUGGAUUAUCAAAGAGAUCAUCCCGUGUACCGAAAACCGUCGUUGACUAUGAGAUCGACGUUAAUUCCUACGGAACAUGGCGCGAGUUUCGGUAAACAAGAAUCCAAACGAUAUAAUUACGAGCUUACCAGCGAAAUGAGAUCUCAGUACGUUCCUUAUGGCCGCGUGCCGAACGUCGAACCCUUAAGAAUACCAUCGAACUUGCGUUUAGAGGGGAACCUGGACCUUCAACCGGAAUAUAGAACAGCUUAUUGCACGAAACGGGAAAAUCAAUUAUACACCGUACCGAAAAUGCAUCGUAGACGAGAUCGUAGUUUAAGUGCUUCCAGACGAAAAGAUAAUUAUUGGAUAAAUAAUAAUGUAGAGCAAUUUGACUGCACGAACGUUACUCAGGAUCAAGACGCGUUUCAAGUGUUGCAUACGGAAGUUCAAGAGGACAAUACACAUAUACGUGGAAAACCACCAUCUGGUAGUCGAAGAGGUUCGAGGGCUUCGCUAAUUCAAGUUCAAAGACCAAUGCAGUCAGAUGUGCCAGAAUAUAACAGAUUAAAAGAUGAAUCGACUAAUCCUACUUAUCGACUUCACGUCUUGAACGUUGAUGAUGAACCUCAAGGUUUCCGGCGCAGACGAUCGCCAUCACUUCAGUCUUCCGGAAGGAUACGCAAUCCUUCGCCCGAUCGUGAACUUCAAAGCGAUGCUAGACCAUACUCUCCUAGUUUUGGCAAAGGCACUAAUCAACACGCCAACGGUCAAUCGUUUGUUGUUUUGGAUAACGAAAUUUUUGACUCGAACAAAAACGAGAGACGUAGAAGGCGAGCAGAUAGAAAUUACAAUGUUGAUGGCACCCUUGCUCUUUCCAAAGGAAGAACUAGAACUACAACCAAUUGGAUGCCACCGUGGUACGAUAGUACAAACACUAUUUAA